AUGACAGUGCUGUGGCGCAUGAGCCAUCAAUUCGCUUCUGUUCGUAAGGAGGUUUGCAGGAUUGUUUGCAUUCACCUAUUCCAGAGGAAGGUUCCGUCUAUCGUUAAAAUGGCUGAUCGCGAAUAUGAUCGUCAUCAGCUGUGUUCUGAUAAUAAACUUGAAGGCCUGUUUUACCACUCGGAAGGGAACAUGAUACAGUGCAUUAGAACAAUCAAGCUUCUCAACAGAUGUCUCUUCAACAUAAGAGCUGUCGAUUUGGUUUUGUUCUCUAUUGGAGAAAAGAGGCCUAAUACCAAAAUGCAUAUUAGCAUCAUAUUCAUAAUUGCGUUGAUAGUAACGACUUACAUCCUACGCUUACAAUUGCAUCCUCCUUUACUCGAAACUUUCAACAUCACUUUCAUGUACGGUAUACACAGUUUGAUGGUGCUCACUUAUUUAUUCAUAGACAAGAUGGCUUACAUUCUUCUGCAUAGUUUCAAAUCGUUACGCCAAAGCCUCCUGAAGUGCUCUGGCUUGGACGGAAAGGAGUCGGCUUUACUUAUAGAAAAGUUGAUCUACUGUCACCAUCAACUCUGCAACUCAUCUCGAGACUUCAACGAAUUCUCUUCUCUGCAGAUUUUAAUAAUUGUGGCACUCGAGUUCAUAACAUCCUUCGGCGAAGUUUACGUUGUCAUCUGCAUAUUAUUCAAUAAUAGUUUGGUAGGUUAUAAAAACAUUCUUAUAGCUGUGAAAAGUUUGUGGUCGGUGAUAGCAAUGACGUUAUUGUGGCAGUUGACACAUCAAUUCGCUUCUGUUCGCAACGAGAUUUUAGCAAUUGUUGCACUCGAGUUCAUGACAUCCUUCGGCGAAGUUUACGCUGUCAUCUGCAUAUAUUGCAAUGAUCAGUUCGUAGAUAACAGAAACAUGGUUGUUGCCGUAAAACUUUUGUGCGGGACAAAACGAUGUCUUCACGGAAUUCGAAACGUUUGCUCGGUUCCAAAGAAUUAUCGGCAUGUCUGCAUUGAUCUAUUCCCGAGGGAAACUCCGUGUAUCGAAGAAGUGGUUCAUCAUGAACCUCUUAAGCACCAGCAGCUUCCUCUUCGCCAACUUCCUGACGGUAAACUCUAA